CAAUACAUUAUACAACCACAACUACAGCUGCUCCAACCACAACAACAGCUCCUCCAGACACAACAUAUGCUCCUCCUACCACAACAACACAUGCUCCUACCAUAACACAUGAUCCUACCACAACAACAGCUCCUCCAGCUACAACUACACCUGCUCCAACCACAACAGCUGCAUCAGCCACAACGACAGCUGCUCAAAUCACAACAGCUGCAUCAACCAUGACAGCUGCUCCAACCACAUUUACCUCUGCUCAAACAACAAUUUCUGCAACUACAGAAGCUCCAACUACAGCUAUGACUUCAACCAUGACUACAGGCGCAACAACUACAACCAGAUUAUCUCUACCCUCAUCAACAGUGGGUACAACCAUUGCAACUACUGAGAUGGAAAUAAUAAAAAGGCGACUGACUUUUACAUCUAACGGAGAAACCUUCACAAAUGAUUUGUUAGACUCUUCAUCUGAAGCAUUUCAAAAUCGAACUCAAAUUUUGACAUCCAAUCUUGAACCUCUCUACCGGGAACAGUUUACUUCAUUUCUGAACCUCAGUGUGAUUUCAUUCAGAAACGGGUCAAUCAUCAACAACAUUGCCCUUGACUUUGCAACAGCAUCAGCUCCUAAUAAAACUGAAAUAUCAGAAGUUCUGGUCAAGGCAUAUUCAAACAUCACAGAUUUCAAGAUUAACAUCACUUCAAUUCUUGUGCAUGAUGAACGUACUUCAAUCCCCGAGGCUCCAAGCACAACUACUGCUGCAACCAUGUCUGUACCCCCAACCACAUUUACAGAUAUCACGACAUACCCCCCAACUGAGACCACAAGUUAUCCAUUACCAUCAGGCACUAUACCACCUCUAACAACGACCCAAAGCAUAUUUACCACUGCUACAAUGUCCGAUACCACAACACCACCUCUCAUGUCCAGGCCCACUUUGUGUCCCCCAACCAAAACUUGCACAUGUAGACUGACAUCUAGUUCAUGUCCCAAAAGAGAAAGGUCUUCUUUACUCAAACAGCAAGACUUGACAACGAGAGUUGUGUCUUUCAUAUCUGUAAAAAAUCCAUUAGGAAGAGACAUGUUGAAUUCAUCAUCUACUGCCAAUGAAUCUUCACUGAUAAAGAGACAGCUUAGACCUAUCUUCCAGAGAAGGUUUUCUUCCUCCUUCAUCUCCCUGGAGGUGGUUUCAAUGAGAGAAAACCCAACCAUACACACUGCGAACCUUCAGUUUAGAAGCUCAUCUGUUCCUGAUGAUGAUGAGAUACAGGAUGCUUUGAUCAAUGCAACUUCAGUGUUUGUCGACUUCAAAAUUGAAACAAAAUCGAUCAGCGUUCAAGACAAAACUUGAGAUGAAAGAAGCCUGAAGAUCAUUCUCAAUAUCCUAUCUUUUCUCACACAGCUUAUGUCAGGCAUGUACAUGUUAGUACAAUGGUUAAUAAUAAUAAAACAUUUUAUUUAAAUCACUGUUCAAGAAACCCAAGGAUAUUGUAUGUAUAAAGUAAGUAAGUAAGGGGAGACAACACAAAUUGUCGGACUGCAAUAAAAAAAUACAUUUCUUCUGCUACAGUUUAAUAUCCAUACAACAUUUUCAUGCUUCCAGUGUAAUUAUUAGCUUUGGGCGUGUGAUAAGUAGAAUUUGUACUUCAGGUGAAUGGUUCACUAUGAAGGUUUGCAAACAGCAAAUGUCUGCAUAAUAUGUGGGGGGUUUUGAGAUAAAAACAUCUAUUGGUGAUGGAUGCCUCACUAAAUAAUAUUUAUGAUGAUAUAUCUACAUACCGCAUCAAAAAGCAUUACUUAAAACCUGAGUGAUCAUUGUAUAUACUUAAAGUUUCACUUUGGAAAAUGAAUAAAGAACUUAAACUGUGUUGUAUUAUUUUAUCCAGUCAUGGUUUUCAUAGCUAAAAUGAAUCUGUAAGAUUUAUGCUGAGUGGAAACGAAAAGUAAGGAAGGCUAACACACUUUUACAAGCAGAUCAGGUUUGGGCAGAUACAGUAUGUGAAAGGCUUUGUGUUUAUUUAGAUGAAGGAUCUCUUUGUUACUAAUUAUACAUCUGUCACCACUA